UACUUUUGUCCUAUAGUAUAAUUAAACUGAAACAUAUACCCGAUACCAUUCGUGUUCUAUAUGGUGAUGUAGUGUUUAGUGUUUGUCUAAAAAGUACAAUCAAAAAAGUUUAUUUUCGAAUUGGAUUUUUAGAUUAUGUCAUCUGGAAGGCGGCCGAGAAAGCCGGACCGCGACCGGUAUUACCGGGAAGGUUACGAAGAUCAAUCAAACGGGGGAAGUAACGUUUACCCCCGGAGUUACGCCCCUUGGCAGUGGGGAUACUGGACAGCGGACAAUAUGGCAUACAAUGGCUAUGGGGACUCGUACUAUUCAAUACAAGAUGAUCGGGGACGGGGCCGACGUGGUCACUUUGCAGGAAACAUGUAUGAUAACGCUGGGUACCACGGCUACAAGCAUAGUGCCGGUGGAGGCAGUUAUAAACUUAAACCACCGUCCAGCUCCGAUGGCUUUUCGGAGUAUCCCGGAGAAAGCAUGCGCGAUAAGGGCACGCGACGCUGCUGCGUCGUCAUGGCUGUCGUUGGAUUGGUGUUUCUUGUAGGCGCCGGGUUGGCUAUUGGAAUCUAUUUCGGAAUUGUUGACAAGCCCGAAUCCUUACCACCAGAUGCAACAACAACGACGGCGGCGCCGGUACCAGUGCUAUCUGUCGAUAUGACAUUAACAAUAGACCAGCCAUUCAACACAGAUCUCAAUGAUCCAUCAACCGAUGUCUACAAAUCGCUAAAGACGCAAGUCGAAAACGAGAUUGACACAAACAUGAGAAAUGGGCCUCAAGGUUCUAGCUAUAUUAGUAACGAGGUUCAGGGCUUCAGUGAGGGCAGUAUUAUUCCUUACGUGGCCUUGUUCUUCAGGAACACCAUUUACAGUGUAGGCGACGAGGUGUUCAUUAUAUCGCCAGAAAACGUGAAAUCAGAACUAGAAGCUCAGUUAGUCACCAGCAACUCGCAAUUGUUUGUUAGAAAUUCCAUAGCGGCUAGAAAUAGUUCAGCUCGUGGCAAGUUGGGUCUCGGUGAAUCAUGUUCCAUCCCCAGUGACUGUUCAGUAGCAGACGCAUUAUGUACAGGUUCCCCAAGUGUGUGUCAAUGUGUUUCUGGGUAUUUUGAUAGCAACGGUGCAAUACAGAAAGGUGUCUGCUUGAGAAAGAAGGCAUACGGAGAAAACUGUUCUAUCAAGACAAACUGUGAAACAAUUGACUCUAUCUGUGAUGGAACUCCUCAAGUUUGUACAUGUGCUGACGGGAUUUACCACAAUGCGAGUGAUGAUGCUUGUCGCCGAAAACUACAACAAGGGGAAGCUGGUUGUGUUGAUGCUGCUUUACAAUGCCUGGUCUCCAGUGCCGUGUGUGUCAGCGGGAAAUGUGAUUGUGAAACAGGGUACCAACUGAAGAAUAACACCUGCAAAAAAUUGAUAGACAUUGACCAAUCGGGCUGUGUAACAGAUACUGACUGUCUCACCCCGAAUGCCGUGUGUGCGUUGAGCGACUGUAAAUGUGUGUCUGGUGACUACUAUGCAACUACAACCAAAACCUGUGAAAAUAAGAAAAUAAAUGGUCAGGCUUGCGAUGACGUGAGUCAGUGUAAAUCUCCAGGCGCUCUCUGUGAUACAACAUGCAAGUGUUCUAACGACAAAUACCUGAAAGGAAAUACCGGCUGUGUGCCAAAGGUUCCUUAUGGCGGUGUAUGUUCAGAAGCGACCAACUGUCUGUAUGAAAAUUCAGGAUGUAUUCUUACACUGUGUCAAUGUCCCUCGACCACAUAUAGAAAUGACGCUGACAAAUCUUGCAAACCAAAAAUUGAAUAUGGGCAAGCAUGCACUUCUGCUGACCAGUGCGCUACCACUGAUGUGGAAUGUCCGGAAGCUUCCAAAACUUGUGUAUGUGCAGCGACAAAGUAUCUGGAUGGUGACAAAUGCAGCGACAAGAAGGAAAAUGGUGUGAGCUGUAAUAUAGCAGAAGAAUGUAAACUUAACAAUGCAGAAUGUGCCGGAGUAUGUGGUUGUCCUGCUGGAACAUACGCAUUUGGAGAUUCCUGCUUACAACAGGUAGCAGUAGGGGACGCGUGUGUUGGGAGACCAGGGGAAUGUUCUACCAUAGAUGCUGAAUGUGAUGGAACACCCAAGACGUGCAACUGUCCCGACAACAUGUUCCUAAAUGGAGACAGAUGUAGUGAAAAAACAGGAGCUGGGGAAGCCUGCGAAAAUGAUGUUGAAUGCUCAUACAGCAAUUCUGUCUGCCUUUCAAAAUUAUGUUCUUGUGCGGCAGACAGAUUUGUCAACAAUGAUGACAAGUCAUGUGAUCUGAAAAUAGAACAAGGUGGAACAUGUACAGCAUCUAAUCAGUGUAAAAAGAAGAAUGCCGAAUGUAACACAGCUAAAAAAUGUGCCUGUCCUGCCUCAAGAUAUGAGGAGGGAGAGGAAUGCAAAGACAAAAUACCAUAUGGCGGGCCAUGCAGUACCUCUAGUGUGUGUCUGACUACUGAUGUAGAGUGUUCUGGGUCCACUUGCAUGUGUGGAGCAGGUUUCUAUCACGACACAAAUAUGGAUGCAUGCUUCGCCAAGAAGGACAAUGGAAUCACAUGCAAUAACGCAGAAGAAUGUAAACUUGACGGUGCAGAAUGUGUCGGAUCAUGUGGUUGUCCUGCUGGAACAUAUCCAAACGGAGCUUCCUGCUCACCACAGAUUGCCUAUGGGGAGGAAUGUACUGGGAACUCAACAGCUGAAUGCUUCACACCUAAUGCUGAAUGUGACGGAACACCCAAGACGUGCAGAUGUCCGGCCACAAAGUACCUGAACAUUAAUAAAUGUAGUGAUAAAACGGGUGAUGGGGAAGCUUGUUCCACUGAUGAAGGAUGCUCUUGGCCAUAUGCUAUUUGUCUCUCUGACCAAUGUACUUGUCCCUUGGACAGAUUUUCCAAUGACGCAACCAAGACCUGCGAUCCAAAAAUAGAACAAGGUGGAGACUGUACAGACUCUAAACAUUGUAAAACAAAGGAUGCUGAGUGUAACACAGCUAGCAAAUGUGCCUGUCCGGCCUCCACAUAUGAGGAUGGAGAGGAAUGCAAAAAUAGAAAGCCAUAUAAUGGUCAGUGUAUCACAGCCAGCCACUGUGAGACAAGAGACGCAGGUUGUAUAGGGUCCAUGUGCAAGUGUGACAAAGGAUUCUAUCAUGACACAGGAAAUGACUGGUGCAUGGCCAUUAAAGGUUUUGGUGAAGAUUGUACGUCUGCUAUGCAAUGUCCAACUGAUGCUGAGUGUAAUGGCGGGAAAUGUGCUUGCCUGAGUGACAAAUUUGAGGAUGGUGACAAGUGUACAAACAAGAAGAAGAAUAAGGAAGCAUGUGACAAUGCCGGUCAGUGCCUGUUAGGAUUCGCUGAAUGUGUUGACAUCUGCCGAUGUCCAGCUGACAGAUUUGAAUACGAAACAAUGUGUGAACCAAAGGUUGGAAAUGGGAAGACCUGUACGGGUAAAUCUCCUGACGAGUGUUUGAUUACCGAUGCAGAAUGUGACACUACAUGUGAGUGCCCAGAAUCCAAGUUCUUGAAUGGUGACAAAUGCACUGACAAAACGGGAGAUGGACAAAAGUGUAUACAGGAUAUAGAAUGUGGGUAUAACUUGGCUGUAUGUGUGUCAGGAUUUUGUGCCUGCGGGCCAGACAGAUACGUGAAUAACACUAAAGAAUCAUGUGAGCUUAAGGUUGGUCUGAAUGAGAAAUGUGAAACAGCUGACAUGUGUAAACCUGACAAUGCAGAGUGUAACAGCGAAAAUAAAUGUGCUUGUCCCACCAAAACAUACCAAGAAGGGGAGGUCUGCAAAGACAGUAAAGCCUAUGGUGUGGAAUGUGAUAAUGUAUCUCAGUGUGCUACAGGCUCGUCCAUAUGUACUGGUAUACCCAAAAAAUGUACAUGCAAUAUGGGAUUCUACCAUGAUGUAGACAGUGACUCCUGCAUGGCUGUUGGAGGUUUCGGUGAUAUGUGCGAUUCAUCUGACCAGUGUGCAAUGGGUGUCGAGUGUAUUGGUAAAAAAUGUGCCUGUCCUACUGGAUUCUAUGAGGAUGGUGCCAAAUGCAGUGAAAAAAAAGACAGCCAAGUGGUGUGUGAUAGCCCUGUAGAGUGUAAAAUAAAUGGGUCUGUGUGUAAUACUGUAUGCCAGUGCCCGACUGGUACUUAUGAAAAUGGACUGAACUGUGACAAACAGGUUGCCUAUGAGGUUGCAUGUAGUGUGACAGCAGCUUGUUUGACCAAGUUUUCUGAAUGUAGCUCUGCCACAAGAACCUGCCUCUGUCCUAGCACCAAGUUCCAUGACACAGAUGCAGACAUUUGCCGUGACAAGACUGGAAAUGGAGAAGCAUGUAAGGAGAGUACUGAAUGCUCAUUUAAGGAUGCAGUGUGUGUCUCUGAAAAUUGUGUGUGUCCUGAAGGCAAAUUUGGGAAUACUACACAGGAGUCUUGUGAUCUCAAGAAGGAAAAUGGAGAAGACUGUACACAGGCUGAUCAGUGUGCGACUAAAAAUGCAGUAUGUAGUGCGGACAGCAAAUGUGGCUGUCUUGAAACAGCAUUUGAAGAAGAGGGCGAGUGCAAAGACAAAAAACCAAAUGGUGGUGACUGCAAGACAGUGGAAGGAUGUUCUGUGAAAAAUACACAGUGUAUUUCUGGUGUGUGCAACUGUGCAGACACUGACUACCAGAUGGGAGAUGAAUGUUUUGCCAAAAAAGUCAAUGGAAUGGCAUGUGGUAGUAACAUUGAAUGUCUGUAUGAGGGAGCUGUCUGUGAUGAGAACUGUACUUGCCCUACCAUGUACCGACUGAUGGAAACUACAUGCAUGCAGAUGAUACCAUAUAAGAGUGAAUGCAGUGAUGUACAGCUGUGUACAACAACAGAUGCAGUAUGUACCGGAAGUCAGACUGAUAUUUGUACAUGCGAGAUGGGAGAUUACUACGAUGUUGACACAGAUUCCUGCAUGAUUAUGCUGGAGCAGGGAGACCAGGGCUGUGAGGAUGCAGAGCUCCAGUGUAAGACGGCCGAGGCUGUUUGUGUAGAUGGUGCGUGUGGCUGUGCACAAGCCGCAUACUACAAGGAUGGAAUGUGUCAUCCAGGCCUGGAUAAUGGAGAGACUUGUGUAUCAACUAAUCAGUGUAAAAUCACCGGAGCAUUCUGUGAUGCUGUUUGUAAAUGUGAAAGUGACAAAUACGACAAUGGUACUUCGUGUAAUCCAAAGGUUGCUUACAAUAUGCCUUGUACCCAGGAUUCAAUGUGUAUCACAUCAAAUGGAAAAUGUCUCAUUGACACAUGUGGCUGUAGAGAUAAUUAUUUCCAUGAGCCAUCAGAAGACGAAUGUCUUAUCAAGAAACCCUACAAUACUAUGUGUAAUGUUGCCAGCGACUGUAUAACCGGGAAUGCCGAUUGUAUCGAUAACUCGUGUCUCUGUCCUACCAGCAAAUAUCUGGCAGCAGCCAGCUGUGAAGAUAAGAAAGCCAAUGGAGAUAUAUGUGGGUCAACAGAAGAAUGUGGCGUAGUAGGUUCAAUAUGUGACAUAAUAGAGUGUCGUUGUCCUGAUGAUACAUACUAUGAUGUCUCUUGUAAACCAAAGGUUGGACUGAACGAGCCCUGUAGCAAUGCUAGUCAUUGUCUGUUUACGAAUGCUGAAUGUCAUGUAGACAAAUGUGCAUGUCCUCACAGAUAUUAUCCGUCUGGAACAUCAUGUCUCCCAGUGAUUGCCUUUGGUUCUCCAUGUAACGCCAAUGAGGAAUGUGGAACAAGCACCUGCUUCAACAACCUUUGUGGUUGCUUAGCAACACACUACUAUGAAGCGUCUACUGAAACGUGCCUAACAAAGGUGGAAUAUGCUGGAGAUUGCAAUGAAACUGGACAAUGUGACACAAAAAAUGCAGAAUGUUCCAUACAAAGUUGUUUAUGCCCUGAAGACAGAUUUUUUGACAACAAUGCUUGCCUCAUAAAAUUAGGUGAUGGAGAAAACUGCACAACAGAUGGUCAGUGCUCAUAUUCCGGUUCCGUAUGUGUGUCUGGCUCCUGUACGUGCCCUAAUGGAACGUUUGUGGAUAAUUUCGAUCAGAACUGUGAUCAAUUGAAAGGGCCUGGAGAACAAUGUAAUGGACCUGAUGAAUGUGCUGAGGGUGGUUUAAUUUGUGAUGGGACUUGUCGGUGCCCUCCAGACAACUACCUGUCUGGAACAACAUGCGUGUACAAAAAGUUGAAUGGUGCCCAGUGUGACAACGGAACUGAGUGUUUAGUACCAGAGUCAGACUGCAUAAACAAGACAUGUCAGUGCCCAGCUACCAAGUACCUCAACAGCGAUGUGUGUGUUGACAGACUGGGUUUUGGAAGUGACUGUACUGAGAACGGAGACUGCAUGGAGAUGCUCGUGUGCAGCACAGAACUCAUGUGCAGCUGCCAAGAUGGUUAUAUGUAUGAUGAAGAUAGUUCAAAUUGCACCAUGGUAAUUACUACAACAGCUAUGCCAACAACAAUGGCUCCAGAUGAGGAAAUCAUCGUUGAAGCUGAAACUGAACUGGUAUCAGAUGAGACAUACGAUAUCGCACUGGCAGACAAUACAAGUGAAAUUUAUCUGCAGAAAAAGGCAGAAACAGAGGCAGCUAUGAUGCAACAGUUUGCAAACAAUUCAGCUGUUCAAACUGUGGAAGUUAUAGGAUUUGAGGAAGGAUCUGUGAAAGUGAUUUUAAAAGUUUCAUUCUUCAAAGUUGAACUUUCUGUUAGUAUUGAAGUGGACAAUACAGAACAACUAGAAGAAGCUCAAGCUCUUGUUGUUAAAAGUAUGGAUGUAAUUAUUAAAACUGCAUUGCCUGAGGUAGCUAAAGACUUGGAGCAGAAAGGAGUGUUUCAAGGAGUUAAAGUACCGGAUGUUCCCAUUGUUGUAAAGCAGGACCCAUGUAUUGAUGAAAAGCUAUGUGUUGAACGGGCAGAAAAGGAUAUCUGUGGACCAAUUCUGAAAGAGCUCCAGGCAGCUACUAGCAAUAAAGACAGAUGCAGUGCCUACUUGGAUCUGUUGUCGUGUGUUGCGUUACAGUAUGAGCUGGCUGAUACGAAGUGUAAAUGGAACAGACUGCGUACCAAUUUUGAAGACUCUGCUCUAAAAGCAUUAAAUCUUAACAAAACUGAGCUGAAAGCUUGUGUGCGAGGCAACUUCUUUAACUUCGUCCCUAUUGACAACGCAGUUAUUAUAGCUAAUCCAUGUGGUGAUCUCAACGUAAUGAAGAUGGUGGCAAGAUAUCAGUGUGCUACGUUGUAUUCUUUCAUCUCCCUUGCCAGAGGAAGAACAGACAUAUGCAGAUUUGUAUUACAAAUGGAAGUCUGCGUUAGAAAUAUCCUGAUCCAACACUUCGGGCCGUUAUACCUGUCUUGUGAAACUGACGCCAACACUGAUGUCAGCCUCACCUCGCUGAUUGACCAUGAAGAUGAAAUCUUUGAAAGUCGACAAGUCAGUCUGGAAAAAUGUGAAUUCUGCCUAGCACCAAAUGUUUUUGAAGUAUUUACAAGCAAAUGUGGAAUGACCAUGGAAUAUAUGAAAUGGGUUUCUGAAGAGGAAGCUUGCAGGAUGUUACACAUGGAGAUGCAGUGUAUAGAGGCUCAUCUCAAGAUGUGGGAUGAGAAUCAUGUGUGUACAAUGGAUGAUAUAAAGAAAAUGUUCAAAAAUGAUGAACGAUUCCUGAACUUCGGCAAGAAACACUUAUCGUGGCUGGACAAAGACAGCUGGAAUCAGUGUUUAGGGACUGAAAUGGUCAAAAUAGGCCCGCCUGAACCGGAAAGUGUAUGUUACAACCAAAACUACAUUAACUACGUACUUCACUACUAUGGCUGUUUAAAAAUUGGCGAGGGAGAAGAAUUGAGUUGCAAUCCGUACUACAGAGCUACAGAGUGUGUACGGAGAAUAAUGAAGAAAGAAAAUAUGGACUGCGGGUACAAAGAAAUUGAAAAAAGUAUCUUGGAUACAAGCACAGAGUAUAAUACUAUCUCAACUAGCAUUGCAGCAGACGGAAGUUUGAAACCUUGCAUAAUUGAAGCUGGAGAAAACGCAUGUCAGAGCUCGCUAAUGUUUUCCAUGUAUACUUAUGCUCAGUACAUCAUUGGAACAUGUCUGUACAAUGUCAAUAACAUACUGUAUCUUCAAGAUCUACAAGAUAUUAAACCAUACGGUAAUGCCAAGGGGUCGUUCUCAUGCAGAAUAUAUGCACAAGCCAUGGCGUGCGUGCAUGGCCUGUUUGCAGCUGAGAAGGAGGUAUGUGACCUUGACCAGUUCCGCACAUACAUCGAUGAUGGAUUACCCGGGCUUAUACAAGUAAUGAUAGAUUAUUCAGGCGUAGACCCACCCCCAAAUGACGUUAGCAUCUAUAAGGGAUGUGCAGAUGAGAUAGAAUUUGAUGACCUGGACUGCAAAGGAGACUCAGUUGUAAUACAUUCUGUGACAGCUGCAUGUGCUGUCCAUGUGAAAAGUGCUGUAACAUUGGAUCAGAAGUGUGGAGCUUUCAGUGCUUGUAUAGAUGGAACUAAGAAAUGGCAUGAAGAAAAUAAUCUGUGUCCUGGAUAUGUAGAUGCACUUGAGAAAGGCAAAAUGAAUUCUGAUUUUGCUUACUACUUCUGGGAAGUUUCAAACCUGAACUGGAUGACCUGUUUUGAAGAAGAAAUUGAAUACAUCUUAGUGCUGUGGUUCCCGAAUGAUGAUUACAGUACAGACUUUUCUGAUGUCAACAGUGAAGCUUCAAAGAUCUAUAUAGAAUCAAAGAGUGAACUGCUGAACUUCCUGCUCAUCGGAAGAAGAUUUUAUGUUGAGGAAAUCUUCACAAACACAAGAGUUAAAAGACAAGCACAAGGCAACACCAGAGGCACUAGAAUAAGAAUUGGUUUUAGUGGACCGAAGGAUUUUGAACAGCAGUAUGAGCAGCAGUUUAGAAGACUUCCAGCAAGUGCCAGAAGAGAUGUUAAGCAUUUAUCAUUCUCCAUCAAUGACGGUUCUCGACUAGGCUACUGCCCUGUACAAGAGGCCUAUAUGAAGAAGGUAUGUGAAGGUUUCAGGGAUCAGUGCUCAAAGGACGAUGACUGUGACGGCGCUGAUGAAAAGUGUUGCUCCGACGGAAGUGCAUCAUUCUGUGUUGACUCUGUUACUGAACCUGCCCAGUACAUGGUUAUGUUCAGAUUGGUGGAUGAAAAGUGGGAUGAUGAUUAUAGUUCUACAGAUAACCCUGAUACGAAGAAUCUUAUGAAUCGAUAUGAAUCAGAGUUUCGUGACAUUUUUUCAGAUGUUGAAAGUUACAGUUCACCUACGUUUAGUAAGCCUAAUGGAGAAGAUGGUGUGGCCUUGAUGUUUACAGUUGAGGCGUUCUCCAAUCCAGCAGAAGUAAUGGACCUUGACCAUAGUGGCAUCACCCUUGAAGAUGUUUUCUUCCAGUCCCAGCCCAUUGACGAGAGAGAUCGGUGCCCAGACAGCCUGCUUUUAAUUGAUCACAUGGUUACAUGUGUAGAGGAGGGAUUAACCGACAAAGGUUUUCCCUAUCAGGACUACCAAGUUUGCAGCGCCAUUUCGCAACUUGUUCGUUGUGCAAGUGAAAAAUGUCGAAAGGAAGGACCCUAUGAUGAUUGUGAGGAUUACUCUAUCCGUGAAAAAUUGAAGAAUGAAAAAUCAGCCAUCCUUGAUAAAAUAAACAUGGACUCAUUUGAGCACAGCACAUGGAGGAUCUCAACGAUGUUGAGAUCCUAUGAUGGAAGCCGAUGCCAAAAUGCAUCAGAUUAUGACAUUGACCCAUGUUACGACAACCGCGUGAUCAAGGAAGCAAUGGGGAAAUGUUCAGACAAAUUAUCAACAGUAGAUGAUAAUAAUCCAUUGGAUGAGCAGUUUUGCAGUAUUUUUACUGAAUUCUCAUCAUGCGUGCUUGUCAAAUUGCGAGAUCAAGGAAGCCGAUGGUGUGAUAUCUCCAGUAUGGAUAUUCUGUUGGACCAUCUAAAAGACCAACCAUACAACUAUGUUAUUUCUCAAAGAGAAUAUCAUGAGCACUGUGACGAUCAUUAUCCAAAAGUAUGCACAUUUAUUGGGCUGCGGACACUAACAUGGGCCGAGUGCAAACUUAGGCCGUACAUCUACGAAGGAUCUUGCAGCAACAUAACUGAGAAGGAAGUUUUAACUAACUUUGUCGCUUGUGCCCGAAUCGAGGCAUUGAAAAGAAAAGAAGAAUGUGAGGUUGAUAAAAUUGUUGAAAUCAUCGGAACUGAUCGAUACAAACUGGGAAUUCUGUUUCAGGAUGAAGAUAUUGAAGACUGUAUCCCAGAGGACACUUUUUAUUCCAUAAAAGCUCAGUUAGCAAGUUCGGCUGAUAUAUGUAGCAGUGAACGGGCUAUUAAUCUGUUCUACGAUGACUGUUUCUCAGAAGAUUGUCUUUUGAAUUUGGAUGCCAUAGCUGAAGACACCACUAGAUGCACGUUGCUGUAUCAACAAGUGGCCUGUGUUCAAAGGAACAUGAAGAAUCAAACAUUUGAAUGCGAGUUUGAACAGUUGAUGAACUCAACUGGCACAAUAUUGGAUGUGUCAUUCCCGCUGUUUCUAACUGAAGAACAGUACAAUCCAUGUAAAGAAAAAAUGUCUGACAGCAGUAUGAAAAAAUGUGGAAUCCCAAUACUGUCUAGAAUGAAUGGCAGCAUGGAAUGUGUGGAACAUCUGUUAAAGAACCUCUCACACUUUGGACAAGAUCAGCAGUGCAAACUGGUAUCUCUAGGAGGUAGCUGUUUGAAUGCAGUAACAACAGAAGUAGAUGCUACUUGUGACACAGACGAGAUUGCUGCAGCUCUAAGGCGUAUCAUUGCAGCAUCCUCUGUUGCCAUGAGACAGCUGGAAUGUGAAUAUGAACCUACCCCAGCCAAGGCAUAUCCCAACUGUGAAGGUAGGUUAUAA